AUGGAUGCAAAGGGCUUUCUAGAUCACAGUGUCAGUGGCUUCCAGAUGUUCAGUUUUCACAAAGGAACUAGUAGGUUUGCCUUGAAACUGACACUUUUUUCAAAAUCUUUUCACCAGGUGGACUUAACUGUGCAGAGGGAAAUGGCUGGCUUGUGGGUCAAAGUCCCAUGUGUAGAACAAAUCGGUAGCUGUACCUACGAAGACAUCUGUAACGUAUUUGACAUUUUUCUUCCCCCUGGAGAGCCCUGUCCAGAGCCCCUGCACACCUAUGGGCUUCCCUGCCACUGUCCCUUCAAAGAAGGCAAAUACUCACUGCCCAAGAGUGUUAUCACCAUACCCCACCUGGACCUGCCCAGCUGGCUCAGUACCGGAAACUACCGCAUCCAGAAUAUCCUAAGCAGCGGCAAGAAACAUCUGGGCUGUUUCAAGAUCGAUGUCUCUCUAGAGGCCAUGAAUGUGGCACCAGCUGCAGCAGAAUGAAGGCCUGUGAGGAAGGUGUCCCUCCUCCUCCGUCUUGCAUUUGUCAAAGCCAAAUUCUGAUUUUCUCUCCCCCUUCAAGCCCCUUUCUCCAGUGAUGCUACUACCCUUGCUGAAAGUCAUUUUGUGCCACUUACAUUUUAGGUGUGGGCAAGCAGCCCUAACCUAAGGUGGGGUGAUCCUGGCAGUUCUUGAUAGCUCAGGACAUCUACUGGGCUGGCCACUUCAUUCUCCUCUUCACCCCUAUGGCUUUCUCUCUUAGAGCUUAACUUAUUUUCCAAACAGUCAAGGAAGAGAAUGAACAUGUUUUGUUACCCCAAGUUCAGACUAACCAGUCUUGCUCUCCUGAAGUACCUUGAAUGACUUUUCUCAUUAAAUUUUUUUUUUUUAUCACUAACUUAAAAGCAGAGUGAGAGUAUUAUCAGUUUUCAUUUUACUCCACCCGCCUCGGACAAUGAAGGGCCUGAACUAGUAGAACUCAGUCUGUUCCUCCAUUAACAUCUGCGAUUAGUUUGAGUAGUCUUCUAGAUUUGCCCAUUUAACAGUGAGUCACAGUGUAUCCUGGAGAGGCAGGGUGUGGGGUGGGGGGCCUUUCAUGGGAGAGAGAUUUAAGAAUGCUCUACGUAUUGAAGAUAGUUGACAACCUCAGGUGCCUGCAGGGCCAAGUACAAGACAUAAAUGAGUGACCAUAAGGAAGACAAACAGCCCAUAUGCAUUGAUGUGAGGCAGCCGAUGCCCAGUGUGGAGUUGGGGAUAUAAUCAGGGAUGAUGGGGACUGGGUGAGUUGGAAAGGGCACAUGCUGUUUGUAGGGGCCACUGCUGUCUGGACAUAGCCAGUUAGUGGCAUGUGAGAAUGUUGUGGGCCCAGUUUGCCAGAUAUUUUCAAUUUUUUUCCUUAGAGAUGCUGGAAAUCCAGACUUUUAUACGGAAUCUUACAAUGUUUAGAUAUUGGCAAGCAAUUAUUUUUU